AUGGGGGCCAGAUCACGCCUCGGAUGUUUGUCUUGUCGAAGACGCAAAAAGAAGUGUGAUGAAACCAAGCCAACCUGCACAGCCUGCCAACGCAAUUGCAUAAAUUGUGUUUGGCCCGGCCCUUUUUCUGAAAAAGAAGAAAUGGAGAGUAAACAGAGUCUCGGAAAGACUGUGUUGUCUGCACAAUAUGUAGCCAUGGCAAAUACAGGGUCUAUCACGUCCGGCGAGAUCCCGGUCUCGCUAUUUCCUCUCGUCCUACCAGGAUCGGUCUCAUCUACAGGAGAGACCUGGAGAAUUCUCCACCAUUAUUUAAAUGACACAGCAAACAGGCUUGUUUGCUUACAAGACAACGAGAAUCCAUUUCUUCAUACAAUAUUUCCUGCUGCCUUGGAUGACGAACUAUUGAUGCAUUCUAUCUUGGCACUCGCAGGGGAACACUUAAUGCGACGGCUUCCUCAAAAUAGCUCCACUAUACAAUUGUCGACUUUACGAAAUUAUAUCCGUGCCUUGAAAAGCCUGAGGGUAGAUUUGUCCCACUUACUGAAAAAUGACGGGCACCGCAGUGUCGAUUCUGCAUUACGAUCUCUGCUAGUCGCUACCAAAGGGACCGACCCUGAAGCAAUGAAAUCACACAUGGAGGGCGCAAACUAUCUAAUGGCAUACAUUUUGCGCUCCAAUGCCAAGAGUAUCCAGUCCACUAUGGGACUGUUUGUCACAGAGCUAUUUGCUUACAAUGCUUGUCUCGCUUCUUUUACAGUUGAAUGCCCAACCUUGGCAACUUUGUGGCCUAAUACAUCGACUGGGUCUCUGACUCCACAGAGCAACAAGGUUGGCAUGCUGUGUGGAUGUGCUCAAGAUUUGUUCACUUUCGUACCGAGAGUCUCAAAGCUACUAUCAGACUCAGGUUUCAAGGCACAAGUGCCUCAGGAUAAUCAAUUCCAAAUUAAAAAUAUGGAUCUUGUUGACGAGUAUUGGAGGACAAGGUACCACAUCUCAAGAUGGAAUCCUACAUCGACCGAGCAUGAUAUUGCUCUCGGCGCCGAGCUUUACCAGUAUAGCCUUCUCCUCUUACUAGAUACCCGUUUUCAGACACUCAACUACAGAGAUAGUGUUCAAACCUCUUUUGAAUAUCUCAAAUCGUUGUUUUUACGUCUGCCUCCCAACUCUCCAAUUGCAACAACAGCUACAUGGCCAUUGUUUGUUUUUGGAUUGAAUUCACAUGACCCCUCAGAUAGAGACUUGGUUCGGCAAUAUAUGAGUUCUUUGAUUGAAAAUUUUGGGAUGGGCAUUAUGGAGACAACUCUCGAACGUUUGGAAAACUCAUGGGAGACCGAGGCACAUGAGGGAAUGUUGCCCAAUUUCUUCGCGGGUCAGAAUGAGUUAUUCUUAAUCUGCUAA